AUGUUGAUCACUCGAGGCAUCUCGCAAGUGGUUUCCGUUUUGCUGCGAUGCUGGCCUGUGGCUUACCGGCCUUCUUGGCUGAAGACACGGAAGGACGUGACUAACGUUUUGAAGGAGAGAUUGGCGUAUCACACCUUGUACAAUCGCUUAAGCGGUAGCAAUGUGGACAUCAAGAAGUCUUACAGCAAUCUGCAAAAGUUGGGCAGCGGCGCAUUUGGUGCCGUCUUCAAGGCGCAAUGCCGGCUCACUCAUGAGUGGCGCGCCAUCAAGAAGCUUCCUUUAACGGAUGUCGCUGAUGACAUGGCGUUUGUCUAUGCAGAAUUGGAGGCGAUGAUUCACUUGCACCAUCCACAUGUCGUGAAAUUUUAUGAGCACUUCGAACAGGAAAAUGCCCUCUUUAUGGUCACGGAGCUGUGUGAUGGCGGGGAUUUCUCAGAACUGAACCACGGCAUCGAUGACCCACAGGAGGUGAAGCUUUUGAUUCGAGAUGUGGUCAUGGCAUUGGCGUACUGCCACGACCAUGGGGUGGCUCACCGAGAUCUGAAGUUUGAGAAUUGCCUCAUCAAGAACAGCUUCAAGAACUACCGCGUUGGAAAGGUGAUCGACUUUGGUUUGUCCGCCAUCCGCACGCAAGGCAUGGCGCUGACCAUGGUGCCGCGGGCGAAGCUGGCACGAACAUGGCGAAGGUUUGGUCGCCUGGGUCGUUUGAUCGCGAGCCGGGCGGCUCCAGGGCUGCGUACUUACAAUCUUCAGGAUCCAACUACUGCCUUACAUCAGAAGUAUCAUGAUGGGACACUUCAGUACACCAUGGAAAACAUGGAGUGGGUGGAGAAACGAGGGUUUAGCAAAGACGACCAUCUCAGCGAGCCGCAGAAGCUUCAGCUGGGUCAGGAGGCCCGGCAGCGGCUCUGCCGCUGGCCGCGGCUCUUGCCGGAAGACAUGGAGCGGGUGCAGCGCUCGGCCGGAGCUCAGCGCUUUGGACCAGGUGCCGCUCUAGGAGACCCAGAGGACAACGUCUUUAUUGUAAGUCUCGCGCGGCGACCAGAGAAGCGUGCCAGAGUUUUCAGACAGCUGGAGGAGCACCAACUGAAUGCCACUGUGGUGAAUGCAAUGGAUGGAGAUGGUGUUUUGUAUCAAGACGACCUGAAUGCCUUGGGUGUUCGGAUUUUACCUGGAUACAAUUGUGGCUUCAGCAACCACAACAUGCCGUACACCACUGGUGAGGUGGGCUGCUUCCUGAGCCACUACGCAGUGUGGCACAGAAUGGUUGAGCAAAACAUCCCUGCGGCGCUGAUUCUCGAAGAUGAUUUCGAUUUCCAAGCCAAUUUCAAGGCAAGACUGGGUGAGUAUCUCUCUGAAGCUCAAGGCUUGGAUUGGAAUCUCAUGUAUGUUGGUCGAAGCCCAAUGGAGAAUGACAUCAGCGUGGUGUCCGAUCAUGUGGUUGAGCCUGGCUACACCUUGUGGACCGUGGGAUACAUUCUUCGGCUUGAUGCUGCGAGGGCGCUCUUGGAGACCGAAGCACAUCAACACAUGAUACCCUUGGAUGAUUUCUUCUCGAUCUCGAUGGGUUGUGGCAUGGAUGGCCAGUACAACGAACGAUCCAUGGAAUGGAGUUCGUACAUCCGGCCCAUCAUGAGAGGUCUUGCAUUUAACCCACCCUUGGUCAUGCCCUAUGUCGGCUCGAUGUUCAAGAGUGACACGGCUAUGCUCAGACCUGGUACACGCUAUGUCAAGGACUUGCCCCAGAAUGCCAACCAGGCGCAUUUGGUUGAUGCGGGGCCAAGGUACAUCAUCAUGACGGAUGAGCAUCCUUGCUGCCCUGAUGCGCACAAGAUGGAGACGCCCACUCUUUUCGGGACACGAAUGGAUGCUCAGGGAGCUUUGCGCAGCAAAUGGCUGGCGGAUGUUAAGGAUCGACGGCCUCGACAUCACAGCCACAUCAUGGAAAUCAACACACCAGAGAGUCCGGCAUCCAACAGCAACAAGCCCAAGAGUCCCAUGUCUCCGCUGACACAUGGUGUCUUGGCGACACGGUGCUCACCCUUGUUGCCCAUCGCUCAGAGGUGGUUUGAUCUUGCUGGAAUUGUAGCCUCUGCUUUAGAUUCAAGUGUGGCUCAUGGCCAGGAGCAACACAUUGCGGAGCUACGUGACACGUUCCACUUGCUGGACAUCUCAAGGACUGGUCUCUUGUCCAACCAGGAAGGCAUUCGCUUGUGCGGCCACCAUAUGAAAGAGGAAGAAUUGAACGAGAUCUUCUUAGCCUUGGAUGCCGAUGGCACAGGCAAGGUCCACUACACCGAAUGGUUGGCCGCCACCAUGAAGCCUUCGACGCUGGCUACGGACAAGGCGAUCAAGCAGGUGUUUCACUAUCUUGAUAUCGAUCAGUCGGGCUUGAUCAAGCCGCAUGAGCUCUUCAGGGUGCUGGGUUGCAGCGACACAGUGAAGAACGUGCUGGAUGCGGCAGAUGCAGAUGGUGAUAGAACAAUUAAUGAGGAGGAAUUCCGUGCCUUGAUGCGGACCAUGGCAAAGCGCUUGGACAAAUUUGAGGUGCAUCCCCGGCGGCUCGGUUUUCAGCUACCGCUUGCACCAGCAUAG